GUCGCAGCCGUCGCCGCUGAGCCCUCGCUGUGCGCACGGCUGGGAGCUCCGCGCCGGGAGCUGCCGGCAGCCCGAGGGGCAGAGUGGGGCGAGCGCUGGGAAAGGACAGCGGGAGGUUCUGCUGCGGCCGGUAGGAAAAGCCGCUUUGCGAGGAGUCGGCGCGCCGUGCGCAGAAGCGGUGCGACAGCGGCACCGGCCCAGUCCGGUAACGGGGCUGCGUAGGUACGGAGUGUGCCCGGUGGACGCGAGGGGAAAUGACUGGUCUGUAGUGGUCUGACAGAGGUUGCUUACAGCCCUCUGACAGCCUCCGCUUGUCCGGAUUCGGGGCGUUUUUCCCAGCGGUGGUGAGGAGCGUCCUGCCGGGCCGGCAUUUCGGGACGGGCGGCUGGCGUCGUGUUUCUGACUUCGGAGGGAGCUGCAGCUGCCGUGCCCGCAGAUCCGUCGCCUUACAUUUCACUUGGCUGACUGGUUUUGGCCUCGUCUGGCAUAGGUUGAGAGCGUUUUCCUGUGAGGUUAUUAAAAGUCUUUGGUCAGAUGUCAAAGGCCGAAUGUCCCCGGGCACGGCAAGGAGGCAAGCAGUCUCCCACUCCUCAGCGCUGAAUGGCACAUAGUCAUGGAUUUCUCCCUACCUUGUAUGUGGACAAAGAUGUAGAUGACAGAGAAGUGUUUUCCCCUUCUGGCUUGGAAUCAAACCUCUCAAGAGCAGGACAUUCCUCCAAGGAAAUGGAUUCAUCUUCCCAAAAAUAUCUAGUCAAAAAGCGAGUGAAAAUUCAUCCCAACACGGUAACAGUGAAAUAUACAUCUCAUUAUCCCCAGCCAGGAGAAGAGGGAUAUGAGGAUGGUAAUGAAGACACGGGAGUAUUUAUGGAGGACAGUCCAAAGACAAGACUACUGAAUGCUGGGAAAAAAAGAGAAAGGACCUUUUUUGGUACGAUAGACACACAGCUUCAGCCAGCACAACUGCCCAAACCCCGUGAGAUGGGGCAUUUCCAGAACUUUCCUGAAGGAAAUAUACUGCAGUCAAGGAAAAUGUGGAUAGUCCUUUUUGGAUCUGCUGUGGCUCACGGAUGCGUGGCUCUAAUUACACGAUUAAUUUCUGAUCGUUCCAAAGUGCCAUCACUAGAGUUAAUUUUCAUCCGUUCCAUCUUACAGGUGCUGUCUGUUACUGCUGUGUGUUACUACCAUGAGCCACCCUUUGGCCCCAAAGGGUACAGACUCCGGCUCUUCUUCUACGGGGUAUGCAACGUUAUCUCCAUUACCUGCGCUUAUACCUCUUUCUCCAUAGUUCCCCCUAGUAAUGGGACCAUUAUGUGGAGGGCUACCACUACAGUGUUCAGUGCCAUUUUGGCUUUUUUGCUAGUAGAUGAAGGAAUGGCUUCUGUAGACAUAGUUACGGUAGUUGGCAGCGUGUUUGGCGUUUGUCUGGUCAUGAUCCCCAACAUAGUUAAGGAAGAAAACUCCCUGCUGAGCACCUGGAAGGAAGCUUUUGGCUACACCAUGACUGUUAUGGCAGGUUUGACCACUGCUCUCUCUAUGAUAGUCUACAGGUCAAUCAAAGAUAACAUCAGCAUGUGGACAGCACUGUUCACCUUUAGUUGGACAGGAACAGUAUGGGGAGCAUCCACCAUGUUCUUACUUCAAGAGCCAAUUGUCCCGCUGGAUGGAGAAACCUGGAGCUAUCUCCUUGCUAUCUGCCUGUGCUCCACAGCAGCCUUCCUGGGGGUGUACUACGCGUUGAGCAAGUUCCACCCUGCUCUGGUCAGCACGGUACAGCACCUAGAGAUAGUCAUUGCCAUGGUCCUGCAGCUUGUUGUGCUGCGCAUCUUGCCAGGUACUUACGAUCUUGUUGGGGGAGCAGUUAUUUUGGUUAGUGUUGUUUUCCUUGCGUGUCAUAAACUGUCCUGGAAGAAUUUAGGAAGACAAGAUUAUCAGGAGAUUGUGGAUUCUUCCAUUAAAUGAACUGCAGUUUUGUUGUCCAGUUCUGGACAUGUGUUACUGUUGUAUCUGUUACAUGUGUGACCACAGGAAAGUAACAUAUUCCAACUCUGUUGUGUUCUAGUGUACUGGUCAGGUCCUCUUUCUACCGUUUAACUUCACAGCUGAUGUAGCAAUGUUGGUAUUUCCAGAUUUCCGUGACGGGUGAACUUGUUCUAGCGCAUACAAUCACUGUUUGUCAUGCGAGGAAAGGAUAUUUGUCUCCAGCACAGAGGGUAGUGGAGCACAGGACAAGUUGUAGGCCUUUUCUGCCUCACUUUCCCUGCUAAAGUAAUACAGAGACAGAGGGAUCCACUAGCAGCUGCCAUUACCAUGCACUGUGGUAGUAGGAAAAUGAGCAGUAAAAGCAUUAAAAUGGUCAACCAGGGUGUUCGUAUCUUCUUAUGCUUUGGCUGUAAUAUUCCAAAUGAAGUAACACUAAUAUUUCUGUGAUUGUUACUUGUAUUUCCAGUGUGUAUAUAAACAAAAGAAUGUAUCAGUAAAGUUUUUUUGCGCUCUGUGGUUAAGCUUCUAUCUGAAUUGACACAGGAAGCCCAGACCUCUAGAACUGUCUUUCCUCCAUGCCCUUGUGUGGAUCUGCAGUUGUGCUACAGCUCUGAAAGAGAGCUCCAAGAAGAUUCCUCAUAAUAAAAGAUCUACCUCUGGAGCAGGGCAGUAUUCCUUCUCUAGAACCACUUUCUCCAAAAGAGGUUUCAACCAUUAAGCAAGAGGGAAAAAUAAAGGCUGCAUUUGAGACUGA